AUGGAGGCAGAUGCAUUUGAUGCAACUGCGCUGCGCUAUCACGAGACAGGGAUCCGGACGGCCAAAUCUGCCGAGGAGAACCUCAAGGACCUCCUGUCGCCGUCCGAGUGGAGCCUGCUCUUCGGCGGCCCUUGCGCCGCAGGUUCUCAUGGAGGGGACUUCGCCCUGGUGCGACCCUUGGUGCGCCGUGGAGGUGACGACGGUGGUCCCGGACACCGGCGGCGUCGCUGGGCCGGGCAGGACGACGACGAGGCCGUGGCCGAGCUGGAGGGCAUGGGUCGCCUCUUCAAACUGCGCCUGCGCCGCGCCGCCGCCAUCCUGGACCCGCACUUCGCCAUCCUGCGCCGCCACGCCAACCACAGCGAGCACGUGGACGUCGACGGCGACCUGGCGGCGCGCGAAGCACGGUGCCUCUAUCGCGGCGACGGCCACGCCGGGGAGAGGGCGGCCAUGCAGGUCUGCGAUCAUGUCACGCGCGGCGUGAUACUGGACUCAGCGGCUUCAUCGAGUCGGCAUAUGUUCAUCCUCCAGCCACUGCCGGGUCGUCUGGUGACCGACGCGGCCGGCCCGUCGCACAUCCUGCUCAAGCGGUCGCUGCCUGAUGUGUUCACGCGCAGGGACCCCGCCGCCGCCUCCACGGUCUCGACGUCCUCGUGCGGGCUGCGGGAGGGCCUCGGUGACGACGGGCACGCCACCGGGCUGGCCAACCGCACGGCCUCUGCGCACCGAGGGCACCGAGGCCUGCGCGCCGCCAGGUCGGCCAGGGACGUGUCGCAGCCCAGCGCCGCGCCCCUGCCCGCCGUGCACAUCGAGACAGCCGUGUUCGUGGACCGAGACCUGGUGCAGCACAUGGCGCUCAACUUCGCCGUGGACACGGAGCGGGAGGUGGUGCGGUUCGUGCUGGCCAUGGUGAACGCGGUGCAACUGCUGUACGAGUCCCCCUCGCUGGGCCGGCCCGUCCGCAUCGCCCUGAAGCGCCUCGAGCUGCUGCACGCCGAGCCGGCGGGGCUGCGCCGCUCGCACGACAUCGACCGCUUCCUGUCCUCGUUCUGCGCGUGGCAGGCCGCCACCAACCCCGGCAGCGACGCGCACCCGCUGCACUGGGACCACGCCCUCAUCCUCACGGGGCUGGACCUGUACGUCGUCGGCAAGGGCGGCAAGGUGUCCUCCCAGGUCGUCGGCCUGGCCCCCGUGGCGGGGAUGUGCUCGGCGUCCAGCUGCACCGUCAACGAGGGCCGCCACUUCGAGAGCGUGUACGUGGUGGCGCACGAGAUCGGCCACAACCUCGGCAUGCGGCACGACGGCCCGCUCUCGGACAACGAUUGCGACCCCGGCAGCUUCCUCAUGUCGCCCACCCUGGGCUCGGGGAAGACCACCUGGUCGUCGUGCAGCCGCCACUACCUCCACACCUUUCUGCAGUCGCCGCAGUCCAACUGCCUGCUCGACGGCCCCGGGCCAGAGUCGCUGGACCACUCCGCCGGCGGCGUGCUGCCUGGGGAGCGCUUCGAUGCCGACCAGCAGUGCAUGCUCAAGUACGGGCGCGGCGCGGUGCACUCGGAGGCGCAGCCCCUGGAGGACGCCUGCAGGGACCUGCACUGCCGCCGCGACCGCUACACGUGGACGUCGCACCCGGCGCUGGACGGCACGGGCUGCGGCCGCAACAAGUGGUGCCGCCUGGGGCGCUGCGUGUCGCGAGGCGCGCUGGCCGUGGCCGCGUUGACGGGCGCCGCGGUGGACGGCGGCUGGAGCGAGUGGUCGCCCUUCUCGGACUGCGCGUCGGGCUGCCUGUCGGAGGACUACCUGUCCGAGGACGCGGCCGGCUACCACGAGCCGCACGAGCUGAGGGGCUCCACGGGCAUCAUGGUGGCGACGCGGAGGUGCAACAACCCGCGCCCGGAGAACGGCGGCAGGCCCUGCCAGGGCAGCGACCGCCGCUACCGGACGUGCAACGCGCCGCAGUGCGGCCCGGGGGCCCGGGCCUUUGGGGCCCCUUUCCCCGGGGCCCGCGACGUGCAGCCCAGCCUUCUGGGGACGGGGCUGCAGAUGACCAGCACCGACCCCCUCGAGGCGUGCGCGGUGUGGUGCCACAUGCGGUCGGGCGGCGCCCGUCCGCGCGCCUGGAGCUUCCCCGACGGCACGGCCUGCGUCCUGGGCGGCGACGCCGGCGGCCCCGGAGGACCUCGCGGAGGACCCGGCAGCCCAGGCGCAGCCAUCAGUUACUGCGUGGGCGGGAGAUGCGAGGAGUUCCGCUGCAACGGCCCGGCCGACUCCCUGUUCGGCCUGCCGCACUCGCGGUGCAGCAUGACCGUCGAGAUGUCCAAGUCCGCCACCAAGUCCGCCACCAGCUUCAACGCGGCCAGCGCCUUCCUGCAGCGCUUCAAGGGCCGGCGGCGGGAGGCGGGCCAGCAGGACAACAGCACCACGGCCGCCACGGCCGCCGCCGUCCCCACGGCCGCGGCCUUGGUGGGCGCGGCCAGCGCGGCGCACACCCCGCAGCACGGCGUGCACGCCACCCAGGCCACCCUGGCCCCCCUGGAGCACGCGUCCGGCUGCCACUCGUCCUGCGUCACGCCCGGCACGGGGCUGCGGCUGGUGCGGCGCAGGGGCGACGGGCCCUGCCGCGGCAACUGCACGCUGCAGACCUGCGAGCCCGACGUCCUGAGCUGCGGCCGCCUGCGCACCCCGUUCGAGGUGGCCAGCGCCCUGUGCGCCAAGUUCCGCACCCGCGUGCGCCGCCUCUCCGGCCUGGGCAUGCAGAUCUCCGCGGCGGACGACGACAGGGACCGGCCGUGCCGCGUGGCGUGCCAGGACGAGGCCGUGCCGCACCGCUUCUACCUCGUCAACGGCCGCGACGGCUGGUUCCCCUUCGGCACGGACUGCUCGCGGGGAAGGCCCGUCCGCGCCUUCUGCGUCAGCGGCCGCUGUCUGGAGUUCGGCCAGGACGGCACGCCGCUGUACGAGCCCCUGGCGUCGCUGCCGCUGCCCGCUCGCGACCGCCGCAGGAGGCGGAGACGCCGGCGUCGGCGUCGCAGCGCGGACCGGCUGGACUGGGACCCCGUCUCUGCUCUCAGUGCCAUCGACCUAUGAAGACAGGGGCGCGUCGACUUUAAGCUGUGCAUGUUUGAUGAAAAAAAUUCGAUAAA